AUGGAGGCAAAAAUUGACUCGACUUCGCCAUCAAAAUUCGGCGCGCCGUCGCAUGACACGGCUCUAUGCAUCAUCCCUCCUCAAAGCCUUUGGCCAGCCAUCAAUCGGCUGCGCAGUCUCAACGACAAGGCCUACGCCAAGUGGCCACCACAUAUCAACCUAGCCUAUCCUUUUGUGCACCCCGAUCUUGUCGCAGACGCUGCCGAUAUUCUCCUUCAGCUUGAUCUGUCCGAUGUUUUACCACUUCGUGCAUCCAUCACAGAUGCUGAUGCUUUUGUACACGACAAGCACAACACUCUGUACCUAAAGCCAGACGCCGCAACAGCAACCGACUUACACGAGCUGGUGAAUAAGGUGCGCGCUGGACUGGGUUGGCAAACACAGAGUAUCUAUAAUCCUCACCUGACUGUUGGUCAAAGCGAGGAUGCAGACUCAGACACACACAAGUUCCUGCUUCGCAAGGCCCGCUUGCUGACGCCCAUGUCCUGGGAUGUCGCGCACCUCGCCAUCAUGGUGCGCGAUACUACCCCCGAUGCCGCCGACGGGCUGCGCCGAAUGAAGCUAUUGGAAUCCAUUGAUAUUGAAUCGAAAAGUCUGGUCAGCAUGACACUCCCUCAGGACGAGUUUCUGUCCGCCGACAAGAAUGAACACUCUCAAACUUCCAAGGCAUACACGCAACCUGCCUAUCACUUUGACAAAAGCACAAAAAGCUGGAAAGCUCUUGACUGCUCUUCGCUUGAGCCGAGCUCAGAUCCUUUCUCAAAUCUAAUUGUUGCUUCUUAUAAUGUUCUUUCCGAAUUUCAGUGGCCGCCAGAUACCUCGAGAAACUCGACUCUCAUUUCCAACCUCUUGUCCAGACGGGCGGAGGCCGACAUUCUCGUCCUGGAAGAAGUGUCGGAUCACUUCCUCCCGGAUCUUCUCAGAAACGACGACUUUUGCGCCAAGUACUCUUACAGCACCCAUGGCCCGCCUGACCGGCCUGAAAUCGGUCCUCUUCCUAGCCUGCUCAACAUUGUGAUUCUGAGCAAAUUUCCGCUCUCAUGGGAAUAUCUCCCGCUCCAGCGCCGACACAAAGGCUCCGCAGUCGCGACAUUUCCUACAGUCUCCUUUCACGAUUCCCUGUCUGACUCCAACACGAAGCCUCUCGUCGUCGCAGGUUGUCAUUUCAGCCAGGGCCUGACGGACGGUGCUCUCUCUUCGAAAAAAGUCGAAGUCUUGCGUUUGCAACGACAUCUUGCCGAAAAGUACGGCAAGCACCCAUGUAUUAUUGCCGGCGACUUCAACGUGACAACUUCAUCCUACGCCAUUGACAUGUCACAAAGAAGCGGCGCUCUGUCCACGAAUGGUAGACAAUGUCUGAACGAUAUUCACGAUAUGCUGUCCAACACCGAGUUCCACGACGUGUGGUUGGCGACCAAAAUUGCAGCUGGUGAAUCGUCCGAGGUUUCACUGACCAACGAGGCUGUCAUGAAUUUGUACGAGGGAGAGCAGGGCGCUACGUUCAACCCGCUCGAGAACAAGCUGGCCGAGAAGCUCGUCGGUGGAGGUGCCGACAAGCGACCACAACGUUACGAUCGCAUUCUGUGUAGCGCGCAGCUUCCUCUGCGACCUAUCGCUUUCAACAUGUUUGGCAAAGAUCUCAUGACGCAGAUUGCCGAUGGAAGCCAGGUUCACGCCAGCGAUCAUUGGGGCAUUCGUUGUCUCUUCACCGAGAAUGCCCAGACGGGUGUGGCCAAGGGCAUCUUGGAUCGUGUAAAACCUAUCGAGCUGACUGAGGCAGCGCCUUCCUUGGGCGGGUUCGAAGAUCUCAAGCAGACACUGCUGUCACAUGGCUACCUGCCUACCGAAAGUGAGGAAGCAGUGAGGAAGCAAGCUAUUUCGCUGUUGGAGAGUGUGCUCCUAGGAAGCGAUCAGACAAGGCCCGACCCAGAAGGUCGCACGUCUGUUGGCCUCGUCCUUGUCCCUGUCGGUUCAUUUGGUCUUGGCGUGUGGAUGAGCUCCUCAGAUGUAGACUGCCUCUGCAUUGGAACCAUCAGCUCCAAGACAUUUUUCCGCAUGGCCCUUCAGCGCCUGAGGAAAGCCUCUGAUCGAGGGAUCCGCGUGUUGAGAAAGGUCUUGGCAAACACUGGUACAAUGCUGGAGCUUCAAAUUCUUGGCAUCAAGUUUGAUCUCCAGUACUGUGCUGCCACCUCCAUCUUCGAAAAGUUCCCUGGUGUCAUGAAUCUACCCUCUGGUCACUCGGAGUUUGCUCUUCCUGUGCAAACCUUGGCCAAGCUGAAGCCUGCCAGAGACAUGUACUAUCUCUUGCGUUCCAUCCCUGAUCUUGCCAAGUUUAGAGUCGCUUUCUUGCUCAUCAAGGCCUGGGCCAACUCACGAGGCAUCUACGGCGCCCGAUUCGGUCUAUUGGGCGGUAUUCACAUUACCGUUCUUCUCGUACCGAUCUGCAAGCAACUCGCCACGCUCUCGAGGAAUGUGUCCACCACCGAUAUUCUCACCACAUUCUUUAGCCAUUAUGCCAAUUUCGAUUGGGACUCGCAAGUCGUAUUGGAUCCGUUCUUUCACAAAGAGUUAAGAUAUCACCGGACAUCACGAGAGCCUUUCUGCCUCUUAGGUUGGCAUGCGCCGGCUCUCAAUACAGCCAUGACAGCUUCGACACCUACUGUCAAGUCAAUCGCCGCCGAGAUUUCCAAGACAAACUCCCUUUUUUCACACCCAGGAGCGACUUGGGAUACUGUUCUUGGCCCUGUCGGCGCCGCAGCCUCUGGAGUGCAGGACUUUUUACAGAGCUUCAAGAGCUAUGUGAAGAUUGAUGCACGGUUUUGGGGCUCAUCACCCUCGAGCGGUCGCAAAUUUCUGGGCUGGCUCGAGUCGCGAUGCGUCGCAGUUCUAGUUGAUAUGAACAGGAAAGCGCCGGCCCUUCUGCCACGGCUAUGGCCUGGGCGAUUCAUUGAUGCUCCUAUCACCGAUACGGCAGCGGAUGCAGAGUACCAGGGAUUCAACCUCAUCGGUCUAUCAUGGAACAACAAUGACAAUGGCGGGGGCAAGGACGAUACCAAGGCGACAAAGACGGCCCUCGAAGGUCUUUUACGUGACUUUGAAACCCGAAUGCGCAGCGAUGCCAGAUUCUACGACGCCGCUUCGUGCUGGAUGGCCGCGAGCGUUGUCAACGCCAGCGACGUUGCCUCGGCGGUUCUCGACCCAGGCUAUCUCGACGGCAUCGACGCAGCAUUCGAUGAUUUUGACGACGAGGACGACAGCGACGACGAGGACGAAGAGGAGGCAGACGAUGACGACUUCAACCCCGACAGCAACGACGAGGAGCCCGGUUCGUCGCGCGCAGCCGCCAAAUCGCGCCGCGCCACCACCCGCCCUGCCAAGCUCAACGUGCCCACGUCCUCCAAGCCCGAAGGCAUGGGCAAGUUCCGCCCGGCGGCCGACGUCCUCAGCCGUCUGCGCUGGGACCGCGCCCUCGACGCCGCCGACUUCAUCGUCGGCUUCGAGGACCGCUUCGCGGGCGCGCAGGAAAAGGCGCUCGCGCUGUGGAAGUCGGAGCAGACGGACGAGGAGUUCAUCCCGCAGCAUCGCAUCCUCUACUUUAAGCGGCGCAGCGAUGGCCGCGUCGUCUGGGAGCGCAAGACGCGCAUCGAUCGCGUCUUUGGCAGUGGCGUGGUGCCGGCAGACAGCACGCUGAGUUCAAGCCAGGGGAGCAUAGCAUAG